AUGCCAGAGGGAGAGGUCACAACGACCAUCACCGCGACCACUCACGUCACUCUCCAGCCCACCGUCCCCAAGACCUAUGACGAGCUCAACCCCCGUUCAAAGCCGACAGAGUUCUGCGGGCCCCUCGGCACCCUCGCCGUCACCAUCGGCACCCCGCUCACCGCCUACUUCCUCUACUACGCCUGCAACGAGGUCACGGGGUGCGGACUGCCCACGAGCAGCUCGCAGUGGGACGCGAUCCUGAAUGGCUGGCGCAACUUCCCCUCAGUCGCCGGGCGGCUGUGGGACACAAAGGCCGCCCUGGUGUACCUCGGAUGGUACAUGUGGUGUGUCGGGUGCUGGUGGCUGCUGCCAGGCGAGUGGAUCGAGGGAACGCUUAUCCGCGACGGCACGCGGAAACGCUACAAGAUGAACGGCACGUGGACGCUCGUGCUCACGCUCGGCGUCGUCGUUGGCAUCCUCAUGUCCCCCGGCGGCAUUGAGCGCUUCACCUACCUCUACGACCACUGGGUGCCGCUCCUGACCGCGUCGCUCGUCAUGGCGACGGCGCAGGCCCUCUGGGUCUAUUUCUGGAGCUUCAAGUCGGGCGAGCUCCUCGCCCUCGGCGGCAACAGCGGCAUUUUCUGCUACGACUUCUUCAUCGGCCGUCCCCUGAACCCGACGUUCCCUGGUUUCCCCUCGUUCGACAUCAAGACGUUCAACGAGGUCCGCCCGGGUAUCAUUGGCUGGCUGCUGCUGCUCAUCUCGUGCGCGUGUGAGCAAUACGUCCGCAACGGUCGUGUGACGGACAGCAUGUGGCUCGUCCUCGCCUUUGAGGGGUGGUACGUUGCCGACUGCCAGCUGAACGAGCCUUCGAUCCUGAACCAGAUGGACAUCACGACGGACGGAUUCGGCUUCAUGCUCUCGUUCGGCGACCUGACAUGGGUCCCCUUCACCUACUCGCUGCAGGCGCGUUAUCUCGCCUGGCACCCGGUCACGCUCGGCCCGGCCGCGUGCGCCCUCGUGACUGCCGUCGAGCUCGCGGGAUUGUACAUCUUCCGCGUUAGCAACAACGAAAAGUCCGACUUCCGUGCCGGUCGCAACCCCAAGAACCUCAAGUACAUGGACACGAAGCGCGGCACCAAGCUGCUCACGAGCGGAUGGUGGGGACGAUCCCGCCACCCCAACUAUCUCGGCGACUGGCUCAUGGCGUGGGCGUGGUGUCUCCCGACUGGACUCGCGACCCCCCUCACGUACUUCUACGUCGUGUACUUUGCUGUCCUGCUCGUGCACCGCCAGAUGCGCGACGACGAGGCGUGCCAGGAGAAGUAUGGCGCCGACUGGGACCGGUACACCAAGCUCGUCCCGUACAAGAUCAUUCCCUAUGUCUACUAG